CACCACAGCGAAGUCUGUGCGGAAUCCUAAACCAGCCCAAUUUACAUCCAUUCAUGAAUCUGUGACGUCAGCAAGGCUUUGGGCUCCUUUGCGGUGGGCUGGAGGACUGUGUGGGUGGAAUCCCCCUCCCCCUUAUUCUUCUAAUUCUGCAAGGCUUUUCACAUUAACCUUCCAUCUUUUUAAAGCAAGAAAAUGGAACGGCAUGUGUAGGAAUUCUUCAUUGUUGUUUGGGAGCCUCCUCUUGCAUCAGAAUUCUGUCCUAAUAAUCCUCUGAGUGUCAUCUCAGGACCCUGGGCACACUCAUGGCACGAUGGCCAACCCUCAGGAGCACCUGAGCUGCUCCUCUUCCCCACACUUACCCUUGAGUGAAAACAGAACCUUCAAUGGACUACAAGAUGAACUCACACCUAUGGGGAGCCACCCCUCACCCAAGCUCCUUCAGGACCAGCAGGAAAAGGGGGUGGUACAAACAGAGCCAAAUGAGAGCAUGAACAGCCCCAUCACCACAACAGUGUUGACCAGUGUGAGUGAGGAUUCCAGGGACCAGUUUGAGAACAGCGUGCUUCAGCUGAGGGAACAAGAUGAAUCAGAGAUGGCCAUGUCUCAGGGGAACAGCAAUGCCGUGGAUGGAGAGAGCACAAGUGGAACUGAAGACAUCAAGAUUCAGUUCAGCAGGUCGGGCAGUGGCAGUGGUGGGUUUCUGGAAGGACUAUUUGGAUGCUUAAGGCCUGUAUGGAAUAUCAUUGGGAAGGCAUAUUCUACUGAUUACAAAUUGCAGCAGCAAGAUACUUGGGAAGUGCCAUUUGAGGAGAUCUCAGAGCUGCAGUGGCUGGGUAGUGGAGCCCAAGGAGCUGUCUUCUUGGGCAAGUUCCGAGCGGAAGAGGUGGCCAUCAAGAAAGUGAGAGAACAGAAUGAGACGGAUAUCAAGCAUUUGAGGAAGUUGAAGCACCCUAACAUCAUCGCUUUCAAGGGCGUUUGUACUCAGGCCCCCUGUUACUGCAUCAUCAUGGAAUACUGUGCCCAUGGACAACUCUAUGAGGUUUUGCGAGCUGGCAGGAAGAUCACACCACGGUUGCUAGUGGACUGGUCCACGGGAAUUGCAAGUGGAAUGAAUUAUUUGCACCUCCAUAAAAUUAUUCAUCGUGAUCUCAAAUCACCUAAUGUUUUGGUGACUCAUACAGAUGCGGUAAAGAUUUCAGAUUUUGGAACGUCUAAGGAACUCAGUGACAAAAGCACGAAGAUGUCCUUUGCUGGCACAGUCGCGUGGAUGGCACCAGAGGUGAUACGCAAUGAACCUGUCUCUGAAAAAGUUGAUAUAUGGUCUUUUGGAGUGGUGCUUUGGGAGCUGCUGACAGGAGAGAUUCCUUACAAAGAUGUAGACUCUUCAGCCAUUAUUUGGGGUGUUGGAAGCAAUAGUCUACACCUUCCAGUUCCUUCCACUUGCCCCGAUGGAUUCAAAAUCCUUAUGAAACAGACCUGGCAGAGCAAACCUCGCAACCGCCCUUCCUUCCGGCAGACACUCAUGCACUUAGACAUCGCUUCUGCAGAUGUUCUUGCCACCCCACAAGAAACCUACUUCAAGUCUCAGGCUGAAUGGAGAGAAGAGGUGAAAAAACACUUUGAGAAGAUCAAAAGUGAGGGGACUUGUAUACACCGAUUAGAUGAAGAACUGAUUCGGAGGCGCAGAGAAGAGCUCAGGCAUGCUUUGGAUAUUCGUGAACACUAUGAGAGAAAACUUGAGCGAGCUAAUAAUUUAUACAUGGAACUGAGUGCCAUCAUGCUGCAGCUAGAAAUGCGGGAGAAGGAGCUCAUUAAGCGUGAGCAAGCAGUGGAAAAGAAGUAUCCUGGAACCUACAAACGACACCCUGUCCGUCCAAUAAUCCACCCUAAUGCCAUGGAGAAACUCAUGAAGAGGAAAGGUGCGCCUCAUAAAUCUGGGAUGCAGACCAAACGGCCAGAUCUGUUGAGGUCUGAAGGUAUCCCCAGUACAGAGGUGGCUCCCGCGGCAUCCCCUUUGUCCGGAAGCCCCAAAAUGUCCACCUCGAGCAGCAAGAGCCGAUAUAGGAGCAAACCACGCCACCGCCGAGGGAGUAGCCGCGGCAGCCACAGUGACUUUGCAGGGAUCUUGAAAACCCAGCCAGCCCAGGACACUUCACCCCGUCCCACUUACCUACACCAAGCUCAGUCCCAGUACCCUUCCCCCCAGCACCACAGUACUCUGCAGCAGCAGUACCAGCAAGGCCCUCCUGCCACCUCUCAGAGCGUCCAUCCCCGACUGGGUAUGCAUGGACAGGACAUUGCCGCCUGCGCCAACAACCUGCGGUACUUCGGCCCCGCCGCGGCCCUGCGGAGCCCACUCAGCAACCACGCUCAAAGGCACCCGCCCGGCUCCAGCCCCGACCUCAUCUCCACAGCCAUGGCGGCAGACUGCUGGAGAAGCUCUGAGCCUGACCAGGGCCCAGCUGGCCCCUGGGGCUGUUGUCAGGCUGACCCAUAUGACCCCUGCCUCCAGUGCAGGCCGGAACCCUGUGGGUCCUUAGACAUACCCUCUGCUGAGCCAGUGGGGAGGAGCCCCGACCUUUUCAAGUCACCAGCACACAAUCCCCUCUCGGAAAAUACCCAAGGUUCUGAGAGAAUGGAAGAAAAGGACCUCAAAGGCUGUAGGUCUGCAUCAUCCCUUGGCAUGCCUCAUCACACCACCCCCACCAUGCUACCUCGAAACACAAGGCCCCUGCAAAAGAGUGGAGAUGACUCCUCAGAAGAGGAAGAAGGGGAAGUAGAUAGUGAAGUUGAAUUUCCACGAAGACAGAGGCCCCAUCGCUGUAUCAGCAGCUGCCAGUCGUAUUCAACCUUUAGCUCUGAGAAUUUCUCUGUGUCUGAUGGAGAGGAGGGAAAUACCAGUGACCACUCCAACAGUCCUGAUGAGUUAGCGGAUAAACUUGAAGACCACCUGGCAGAGAAGCUAGAUGACCUGCUGUCCCAGACGCCAGAGAUCCCCAUUGAGAUAUCCUCGCAUUCAGAUGGGCUCUCUGAUAAGGAGUGCGCUGUUCGCCGCGUGAAGACACAGAUGUCCCUGGGCAAGCUGUGUGCGGAGGAACGUGGCUACGAGAAUCCUAUGCAGUUUGAAGAAUCGGACUGUGACUCUUCUGAUGGAGAGUGUUCUGAUGCCACAGUUAGGACCAAUAAACACUACAGUUCUGCUACUUGGUAAUGGAAGAAAACCCAUCCUGAAGAUCUCAUGACAAUACUGGCAUUUCAAAUCCUUCCCACCCCAUAGACUAUUUCCCCUCUCUCCUUGCUUUUUUGUCUGGGAAGAGAGCCGCCCCAUUUUUCUUACCCCUAGAAAUGAGCUGCAAUAACAGGAACAUGAGACUUCGCAAAUCUCUGGAAAAAAAAAAUAUCCAAAUGAAAUUAAGUCUCACUGAACAUUUCAAUCAAGAAUGGCAGGGAUCUAUUUUAUUGAAUAUUCUAGCUACUGUAACAUUGAUAUUUAUUUUUGUUUGACAUUUUAACACUUUGUACUGUAAAGAGUGAACUAUAUAUGACAGAGAGACAAUAAUUUCUUGCAAAAAAAGAGAGAGAGAUAAAGAAAGAAGUUGAAUUUAGGAGCAACAUCCUUGGGAAUUUGUGGGGCCAGGAGGUAUUAUUGCUACUUGAACAGGGGACCAGUUCUUUUGGCCAUAAGUGACUGAAGAAGAGCCAGAGCAAGACAUUUUAUUUUAGAAAACAAAGAACAACAAAAGAAAAGCAAUUCCAGGUAACUUGUGAACAGACCACAUUAAGUUCAACCAGCUUAUCCACAUGGUGAUGGAAGUGACCUAGAAAAGAUUGGUGACCAGAUACUUGCACCCAAGGUCUUUGAGGGCAUCUGCUUCCUCUAGGAGGAAAAAGACAACUACCCACGUGGAAGCUGAUUUCAUUUUACAAAUUUGAAGCAGCAGUUGGUAGUGAGACUUACAGACAGCGUCAAACCUUGUCUUUACCAAUACUUCCCAUUUUAAUGCUGUCAUCGCCAUGACCUUGACAAAUGUGUGACCUUGACCAAUGUGUUGAUUUUUCAGACUCAAGUGCCAUUUUUUUGUAGCCUAUUUCCUUUCCACCUAUUGACCACUUCCUUGAGGGAAAAAAAGGCAGGGGGUGCUCAUAAAAGAAAAAGGAGAUUUACAACAGUAUUAGAAAAGCAAAUGUGGAAUUUGUGAAAGUACAUUCUCACAAUGUCUCAGUUCAGCUUCGUGGAGAAGGUGAGAUCGCCCCUCUGUGGAACCAGGUUGCUCGUCUACUAGAGUCAUAUUGAUUCAAACAGAACAGACUUUGAAGGCAGCUAGCAUGUGUGUGAGUCUGUCCAGUGUCCAAUCCCAAACCACCACCACCCUUGUUUUCAUUCAUUAACUCAUUCUAUCCGGGAAGCUUUAGUGCCUGGCUACCACUAGCAGCAUAAAAGCAAAAUAAGCAACUUACAAAAGGCAACUCCUUUCCCACAAUAGCAUUUUCAUUAAAUGCAACUUGUGAAAUGUGUUUUACUGCACUCUGGAUCAAUGCAGUUUGGAAUGAUUGAAUUUAGAAAUUUCUGAGAAGAACACCUGCCGCUGAGCAGCAAUCAGAAAGAUUUGACAUUGUCCAAGGCCUGAAGUCCUGCUUCGCUCUGGGUUCAUGGGCUUUGAAAAGCAUCCCAAGGUACUUCAUGGUGCCUUGGCUUCAAGGAAUUUUUAUCUAGAAUUUUAUAUAAAAACAGGUGUUGGCCUAGUUUCCAUCUCUUUCUCCAAGAUAGGUUACUACUGUCAAACGACCUCUCUAGGCUCAAGACCUGAAGAACAUGGCUCAACUCUUUGACAGUGCAUCAUGUUGGACAUUAGGAAAGACUUACACCUUCAGGUAUUAAACUAUUUCCGACACAGAUGAAAACGUUGCCCCCCUCUGGGUGUCACUGAUUGCAUCAGCCAAAAAGGAAAGGCGGAGGGAAUGUAGAGCAAUUCCUUUUGCUUGUUUGGUCCCUCCAUCUGUUUACACUUUAUGUUGAGACAUUGAUUUAAAAUGUAGUGUCUAUAAUUUAUAGCUCUUAGGUAGGAUGAAGGAAAAUGUUUAACUUAUGCAGAGAGCAGUAUUGUUUGCAUUAAAUUAUUCCAUUUUGUAUAAAUUCUGUAGCUGGACUACAUGAAAUAUCUUAAGUUAUGGCAUUAUUCUCAUUGUUAUUUUAUUUUAUAAUAAUUAUCAUUCUCAUUUUCUGUCGAUCAGAAGGUGUGGUUUACAGUGUAGCACAAUGAUUGUGUUUAUUGCUAACCAUGGAUAAUGAUGGAUUUUUAUGAUUUUUAUGAAGGAAUGAAAAUGGAACUGCCAUUUGGGAGCUCCCUGGUAUUCAUCUGAGUUGUAUCCCCUCAUUUUCUGUGUGCAACAACAAUCAUCUGAGGAUGCGGGUUCUGCCCUGGAGCCCGGUGGAUACACUGGGGUUUUGACUUGAUCUGAAAAGCUCCUGGGUGGGCAGAUGAUGGAGUGGAUGGACAAAUACUUCAAAAGCUGUAAACUUUAUCAAGUUUCUUAAGAAAUAAAAUCAUGAGACUACAUUAGAGGCAAAAAGAGAAUUAUUUAGUGCCCUAGGAGGAACUGGCCUAGGGAGUUGUCACCCGGGGCCCCUGGGUUAGGCAAUGUUCAAGAGCGGGCAGCUUGUCAUCUCCUUCCUGCCAGGAGGUCCCAUAGCACCAAAAUCUUUUUUUUCCUCCUGGCUGGGAAUAGCAGGGAAACCUCAAAAAAAAAAAAAAAAAAAGAAAGAAAAAGAAAAAGAAUAUAUAUAUCAUGACACUGACAUAAAAUGCCUAGGUGUGAUAUAAUCCCAUUAAAGACUAGAAAAAUUCUAGAAGGAGGCCUGAGGGUCAUAGGGCUGGAAAAGUACCUUGAAAGGCCAUAUUUUCCAUCCUUGGACUUUAGACCACACUGUACUGUGAAUCUCUCUCUUGUUCAUCGCUUCUGGGAACAGAGAGGCUACAAGUUUCCACCCUCUUUCUCUCCAACAGAAAACAUACUUCAGUUUGUCCAGUUAUUGCCCAUCUCUAGUGGCAAAAGGGAAACACAAGGGUCAGCUUCUGUCUUACACCUUUCAGUGAUGGUCUUCCUAGAAAACCCACACCUGAUACCUCAUAAUUUUGAUGGGUUGUUUUUUGUUUUUUGAGUUCCUAUCUUGACUGCCUGUCAUGAUAAUGCCAUAUAUACCUAUCUGGGUUUACUGUUAUGAGCAUGUUAGGAUAGCAGACAGUGUUGAAUCUUUAGUCAUUCACUGUAUUGUCAAGAGUUGAAUAAAGUUCCACAUUGAACAUUUUUAUUUUUAUUUUUAUUUUUAGUAGAAGUGACUAGAGGCUUCAGAAGAGAAACAGUGUCCCUAGUCUAGGUUAAAAGCCUUCUCUGUCUCAGCCUUUUUCUUCACUGCCUGCCUUGAACUAACCAGGACAGUUUUGAAUCAGUGUGUGUUUCUUUGGGAACGACUCCACUGUCAUCUGAAGAGUGCUGCAUCCAGAGCUCAGGGAAUCGAAGAACUGAUUCUUCAGUCCUCAGGACUGUGCAACCUGCUAUAAGGAACCUCACAAGACUGUGAUUUCAAGCUUCGGUGUUGAUUGAAAGUUUAACCCCCUUGGGAUGAGCAUUCACAUUCAUUUAGCAUCUGUUUUUGACUGACUGCAAGAUAAUGAGUUUUAAUUUGUGUUGCAGAUGAACAUUUGGUUCUGAUUCUCAGCUAUUUCUAGAUCAUGUCCUCUGAUAACAAUUCCUAUUAAUUGCUUAGCAGAGGGACUGAGAAGCCAACAUCCACUUUGAAAUUAUAAUAGACCGUACUGCCUGACCUGUUUGCAAGAUUGUGGGAGCUCCUACUCAAAAAGUGUGAAGAUACUAGCUAGCUCCGUUGUAAGAUGAUUUGGUACAGCCUACUUGAAUUUCAAAUGCUUAAAAACUUUAGUAUUAACAUCCUUUUGGAAUUAAGGAAAUUUUUUUUUUUUUUUUUUUUUUUUUUUUGUAGUGAGAGUUAAUAAGUAGUAGACAUACAUUUCAGGGCCUCAUUGUGCUAAAUUUCCCUCUUACCCUAAGUAAUAGAAGUGAUGGGGUUUGGUUUUCCUGAUACAACCCAAUUUUAAAUGCUGUCCCCUACUGUGAAGCAUUGACAUCCUUUCCAUGUGAAUGCAUCCUUUGUGAUCAAAUAAUUUAACUUUUUUAUCCCCACACCUUUUUGUCUCAAGUUUUCCCUCCUUUUCAUAAAAUAUUUCCACUUGAACUUCCUAGAACUGAAUUCUCCAGAAUAGAACAUAUUUGGAAUCCAAGGAAUUCCUGCCCUGUUCUGGAGUAUAGUGUGCCGUUUUGUUUUUCCACUAAGCCAGAAAUCAAAAUACCACCACAUACCACCAUCUGCCACCUCCACCCUGAACACCCAAGACUGAUGUUAUUUAUUGACCGCCAUAUUCUUUCCUACCCAGCCUGGACACAGCCUCAGCACCUCUCACAACACAGCACUGGGAACAAUAACUACCACUUGAUUGGAAUUGGUGUGCAAGGGGAGAUGUUUUGGCAUCCCAACCCUGAGCUCAUAAAUAAUUUUCUCCAGGUGGUUUGAUAACUUGAGUUACACCUGAAGGGAGAGUAACAGGAUAUCACACCAGUGCUCUUAUGGAGCCCACCCUAUGGCUGUUGGGGGUCAGCACCAUUGCCAGGAAAAAAGCCACUUGCUUCCACCCACUGUCCUUUUGGACUACCAUUCCAACUGAAUAAUUUCCAAUCACUGAUGGAUGGAAUUCCAAAGUAUCUCUUCAUUUACAUCAUUUCAUUGUGUUCAAUAGGCAUGUUCCUCCCUCCCCUUCUAUGAACAAAGUUAAUGUAUUGAGUCCCAGUUACAUGCUUCUUUCUUAGACUCUGUGAGGCUAAUGUACCAAAACAAUGUGAUAUUCUUUUUUAAGACUUUGACUUGUACUGUCAGUGUGAACUUAGUGCCUUUCCAGGCAGCAAGAUUUUUCUUCUCUGCUGACUUCAUAGAAUGAAAUGCCCUACUAUACUCAUACCACCAAUGUUACCAUCCUCACAGACCAGCACAUCAGAGUUACAUUAGUCUGCUUGUUUGCAUGUUACAGCCAAUACUGCGAGCAUCUAUUCAAACUGGAAUGAACUAGGCUGCCAAGAAGAAGACCCUUCUGGAACCUGGAACACUUCUCAGGGACAGGUGGCAGAAAAGGGGAGCUCUGAAAGCAGUGCUUUGAGAAACAGGGUUACUCCCAAGGAGUUGGGGUAAGGCUUUUGUUAACUGUCACAUGAUGAGGGCAUGAUGGCAGGUUCUCACAAAGACCAGACCCCAGGUGGACGCAAGGCUGCUGUUAAGGGUACUUUUGGCAGGAUCCCAGGCUUACUCUUUGAGCCACUUCACAACACUCAGGGGAACGCUGGCUCCUGGCCCCGGGCUGCUGCCUGGUGACCUGGCGGAAAGGGUCCUCCAAUGGUUAGACACACAGGGAACCCCGGUCAGAAUGUGCAGGCUCUUAGGAAGAGUCCCUUAUGGACUGGAUCACUAGAGUGGCUCUCCACCCUCAGAGUGCCCUCUUCUUAGACUCCAGGAGUGGGAAGACCCACUUGGAUUCUUUACCGCAAUAAUUUAAGUUCCUAUCAACUUGGAGCAAAUUCUUUUUCAUGCUUAAGUCUCAAAACAAGCUUCCUCCUCUGUCUCCCCUGGGUCUCAAGUACCAUCAGUCCCCUGUUCCCUGUGGUCUCUGAUGCCAGCUCCAUCUGUGCUGAGCAACUGUACAGUGAUGGGAACAAGAGCGACUAUCGAAGCAAACCAAUGCAUGGAAUUAAA